GCCACACCUGAGAUCUCCACUGUUUUGUGUUUACACGCGAACCUUUGUGUAUAACAUUAUAUGCGAUGUACUUGAAAAUGGAUUCUAGACGCACACGUGUGUUGUUCGUUUUUCUGGUUAUUAUUAUUAUGGCUAUGCUAACAAAAUUUUACAUUGCAAGUUUCAUUCAUGCCAAUAUAAAAUCAUCACAUGACGUUAAAGAAGAAGGUCGAGUGUACGGACUUGAUACAAAUUGUAAGGCUUAUUUCAAUGCCACCAAGCUCAGUAACAUGAAGCGACUGUUAGGGAUGAAGACUACCCCGGAAGUAGAAGAGUAUCUUUCCCGUUUUGGUUUCCCGGAUAGAACUACAGCAUCCGGUGACAUCUAUAUACCCGAUUUACCAGACCCCACGAUACCGAUUCCUGAUAUUCCAGUGGUUGUAAUGGGCUUAUCUUCUAAUCAUUUUGAUGAAGCGAAGGCCUCGCUGUAUUCGCUUGACAAUAUUUUAAGGCCAGCUUAUCCAGAUAUCAAAGUUAUUUUAUAUGAUAUAGGAUUAACAGAAACAGAACGACAAGCCGUGAGAAGGUAUGGUAAAUGUGAAUUAAGAAUUUUUGAUUUUAAAAAGUAUCCUGAACAUGUAAAAGUUCUACACCUUUGUGCCUGGAAACCAAUUAUAAUACAGGAAGUCCUGAACCAAUAUGGUUUUGUCAUAUACACGGAUGCUUCAGGUCGAUUUAGAAGUUCAAGAUUUACAUCAACUUUUAAUUAUGUGAAGGAAACAGGUGUCUUUUUCCGCUCAGCAGAACAUGAACCAUAUUUUAUAGUUAAUCAUACAUUUGCUAAAACAUUUGAAUAUUUUCAAGAGAAACCAUGUCUGUUUCAUAAUAUAAAAGAAACGGGUGCGGGAUUUGGUUUGGUUGUGAAAAACAACCUGUAUUCCUACGCCAUCAUGAGAUCGUGGUUAACAUGCGCACUUCAGAGAUAUUGUAUUAUGCCCAAAGGGACAGAACAAAGAUUUAAAUGUCCAUUGAAUGUAUUUAAAUAUCAUAAAUGCCAUCGUGAAGAUCAGUCAGCUUUGGGUAUUGCUAUAGGCAUGAUUUAUCAUUACCCAGAACCACGACCUUAUCUCGCAGAUGAAAUACAUUACAUAUACACGGAUAGAAAACCGAACUAUUUUUAAGCUAAAGAAAAACAGCUCAAUUUAAAACCAGUUCGUCCUGCUGACCGUCUCUGUCGUUCGCCAUUUCUGCCAAUUGCGAUAAAAUAAAAGUAUUUGGGCAAUUUUUGUUGUGGUGAUAUUUUUUGUUCCGCUAAAAUUUAUUUAAGCUUUUUUAAUCAUUAUGUUGUCAAUGCGUUCCUAAUAAGGGUCAACGCUCGCCCUGUCAAUCCCUAUUUCCACGAAUUGCGAUAAAAAUAUAAUUUUGGACUAUCCAUCCGGAGAUGAUUCGCCUCUACGGUCAAUUCGUCCGAAGACAAUUCGUCCUCUUACUAUUUGUCCCCUAAGACAAUUUC